GCCGCGCGGGGCUCCCGCCCGCUGACACCGCCGAGGCGGCUCGAACGGCGCGGCGGAGAGCGGCGCGGCCGCCCGGGGAUGGCCGCCGGGGCCGCCCCCGCCCAGCGCCGCCGCUGAGACCCAGCGGGGCACGGCCCGCCAGGCUCUAAUCUGGCUACUGUGCUCUGGAAGAGGAGGAGAGCGAGCCAGCAGGAGAGAGAGGAGAGAGCGAGGACCAUCGCAGAUAACGAGCCCGCGCCAUGCAGUCCUUUCGAGAAAGGUGUGGUUUCCAUGGCAACCAGCAGAGCUACCAGCCGACUUCACAAGAUACAUCACGCCUGGAGAAUUACAGGCAUCAAAGUCAGGCAGGGCCGAACUGCGAGCGGCAGAGGCUGGUGGCGAAGGAGUACUACAGUCAGCAGCAACUGCCGUACUCGGGCUAUGAGAACAGCGCCGUGGAGAAAUACCACCGGGGAAACAAGCAAUUAGCAGGGCAGCAGCUGCAAGGCAGGCCGGCCUUUUCCAAUUACGCCGUGCAGGAGAACAGCCCCUACCCGGCCCGUUAUUCAGGGGACGAGAGCUUGCAGGCCUGGGGUGGCCAGCCGCAGGCGCUGCCCGGUGGCGUGGCCAAGUAUGAGGACAGCCUGAUGAAGAAGACGGCAGCGUUGGCGGGCGGGCGGGCAUACCAUGAGCCGGCGGCCGCCCCGCUGCCCUUCCGGACUCACUUCCAGCAGCAGCAGCAGCAGCAGCAGCAGCAGCAGCAACAGCCGCAGCAGCAGCAGCAGCCCGCGCUCCCCUACCCCAAGCUGCAGCGACAGAAGCUGCCGAAUGACGUCUCCUCGCCCAUGCCCUUCUCGCAGAGCCCCCACUUCGGGCAGCACUCACAGUCCUUCCCCGCCUCCUCCACCUACUCCUCGGUGCCGGGGGGCAGCCAGCCGGCACACUCCUACAAGAGCUGCACGGCACCCUCGGGGCAGCCGCCGCUGGAGCGGCCCCUGGGCAGCGCUGCCAGCCUGGCCCCCGGCCCCCGCGUGCCCAACCUGCAUGGCUACCAGCCCAACCGAAUCGGCUACGAGCAGCCCCCGCAGCCCCCGCCGCAGCCCCCGCAGCCGCCGCCACCGCAGCCACCGCAGCCGCCACAGCCCCCGCAGCCGCCGCAGCCCUUGCAAGGGCGGCAUCAUGCCCCAGAGACCCUCCACUACCAAAACCUGGCCAAGUACCAACAUUACAACCAGCCAGGCCAGACCUACUGCCAGGGCGACGCGCCGCCCGUCCGGACGCCGGAGCAGUACUACCAGACCUUCAGCCCCAGCGCCAGCCACUCACCGGCUCGUUCCGUUGGCAGGUCCCCAUCCUACAGCUCCACUCCCUCCCCACUGAUGCCCAACCUGGAGAACUUCCAGUACAGCCAGCAGCCGCUGAGCGCUGGCUCCUUCCCGGCCGGCAUCACCGACCACAGCCAUUUCAUGCCACUGCUGAACCCUUCUCCCACCGAUGGGACGAGCCCAGAUGCUCAAUCCGGGAACUGCAAGAACUUGCAGAAGGAGAAGCUGCCCGAAAACCUGCUGUCGGACCUGAGCUUGCAGAGCCUGACGGCGCUCACCUCCCAGGUGGAGAACAUCUCCAACACCGUCCAGCAGCUGCUGCUCUCCAAAGCGGCUGUGCCCCAGAAAAAGGGCAUCAAGAACCCGGCGAGGACCCCCGAGCAGCUCAAGGGGCAGCACUGCAGCCCUGAGAGCAGCACCUACUCAGCAGAGCAGGUGGGGACCCCCCUGUCCGACCCACUCAGCACCCCCCAGUCCGUCCACGCCGAGACGCAGGACGCCGACUAUCUCAGCGGGUCAGAGGACCAGCUGGAGAGGAGUUUCCUGUACUGCAACCAGAACCGCAGCCCUGCCCGCGUCAACAGCAACUCCAAGGCGAAGCCUGAGUCGGUGUCCACCUGCUCUGUGACCUCCCCAGAUGACAUGUCCACCAAAUCGGACGACUCCUUCCAGAGCAUUCACGCCAGCCUGCCCCUGGAGACCUUCACCAAGUACGUGACCAACGAACGGGACUGUCCCCGGCUGCUCCUCAGCGCCCUGUCCCAGGAGGAGCUGGCUUCUGAGAUCAUUGUCCUGCAGGAUGCCAUCAGUGAGAAGGCAGACAAAGCCUGGGCCAACUCUCCCAUGCUGAGCAAGGAAGCCACCAAGUCCCCGUUCCAGCUGGAGAACCACCGGCCCUGCCUAGACUCCAUGGUGAAGGGCACCUGGCCCAGCCAGGGUGACUCCAGCACGCUCACCGAGCCCCUCAAGCUGGACAAGGCUUCGGGGGCCAGCGCGGGGAAGGACUUUGGUGAGGAGGUUUACGAGGGUCCCCAGGUGGAGUUCACAGCUGCUGAGACCAAGGAUGCGCUGAAGGAGACUGCCCCGCUGGCCUUCAAUUCCAAGCCCAGCAUCCCAGCGGCGACAUCGAGCGCAGGGGCCGCCAGCUACAGCUGCUACUCAAACACCACCGCCAACUCGGUGGGGUCUGAGAACGCCAUGGAGCACUUCGAGUGGCCGGAGGAGAGCCUGGGUGAGGCGUGCCUGAGGUGGAAGGAUCUGCAAGCCACCGACCUCCCCAAGGGCUUGUUCCCCAGCAAAUUGGUGGGCUCCUGCAAGGAGAAAAAAAAUGCCUGUGGCUUGGAUCUGUGCGAUGGUGAGCAGCCGGCCAAGAGUGAGCCGGCCCGGGACUUUGGCCAGCAGGCGAUGGAGGAGGAGGAGGAAACGCUGACCUACGAUGAAGCAGCAAAGGCAGACAGCGAGAGGUGGCUGCAGGACACCCGGCAUUGCUGCUCGACAGGGGACUUCAGCGAGAUCCCCAUCAUCUCCUCGCCAGAGCUGAAGGAGUCGGACCUGGAGGCGGAGGAGUACUCCUCGCUCUGCGAGCUGGCCGGCUCGGAGCAGAAGUCGGUGGCAUAUGACGCCUCGCCGCCCAAGCCCCCGGAGAUGCCCGCCGUGCUGUCCUCCAGCGAGGUGCCCGUGUCCGCCGAGGAGACUGUCAGCACAGUAGAAAAGGAAAGCUCAGCUCCAGCCUCGCGCCUCUCCGGCCAGUCCGUCAUCCUGCUGGGCCCUGCCGUGGGCACAGAGACCAAGGUGAAAAGCUGGUUCAAGUCCUCCCUGCCCCACAUCCAGCCUGAGGAGGAGAGCGGUGGAGGGGAGACGUCCCACACGGAGGUGGCCAAUGCUGAAUCCGCCCCGUCAGUCACAGUGAAGCAGCAACUCACCCCCGAAAACACGCUGGGGAAGACGGAGCCUAUCUCACGGGGCAAGAGCCUCCGCAACAAGAGGGUCCACUGCCGGCUGCCGGAGGGAGACGGCCCUGGCAGCGCCGUGCCAAGUCCUUUCGAUGACCUGCCGGCAGCCGGCAGCAUGGCCAGCGUCUGCCUCGGGCCAGACGGCCAGGCGGAGAUACAGAGCAAGAACGCCCACAGCCAAACGCCCCGUUUUCCAGCUGAGGGUCUGCCGGCACGCAUGUGCACCCGCUCCUUCACUGCCCUCGCCGAGCCCCGUGCCCCGGCCCCGCUGGAGGGGCUGAAGGCCCCCACGCACCAGGAGAAGCUGGGGAAGAAGCCCGCUUGCGGCGUGAAGCAGCGGGUGGCUUUCAAAGCCAGGAAGCGCAGCAGUCGGCCGGCCCCCAAGGUGGUCCAAAACGCCAGCGAUGCCACCCUCCUGGUGCCGAGCUUGGUGGCGGCAGAGGAGGUGGUGGGGCCAACACCGACGGAGGGGGACGUGGUGGAGGCUGGGGAGAGGGACCAGCGGUCGAUGAUCCUGCGCUCCCGGACAAAGACACAGGAGGUUUUCUAUACCAAGAGGCGGCGGGGCAAGCGGGCGGCCGAUGUCCGGCUGAAGAACUGCAAGGCGCCCAAGAAGCUCAUCUCCAACAACCAUCUCCCACCCGCCUUCAAGCUGGCAGCCCCGAGCAGCCCCCACAAGGAGGGCAAGGUGGGCGCUCGGAUGAAGCUGCCCAAAGCAGCGCCGGGCAUGGGUGGCAAGAUGUCCGAGCGGCCCCUGCACUCGCUGAAGAGGAAGUCCACCUUCAUGUCCCCCAUCCCUGCCAAGAAGAGGAACCUGGUCCUGCGGAGCAACAGUGGUGGCGUGAAGGAGGAGAAGCCAGAGGGCCCCCCCAGUCUCUUCAAGAAGAUGCCUGUGGCCAAGAAGGUGAAAGCCAAGCUGCCCCCCAAGAGCUCCGGCGAAGCCGUCCCCAAGCCCCCCCCGCCAAAGGAGGCCCCUGAUGUCUGCAUCAAGAUCACCUCCCGGGCGGCCUUCCAGGAGGCCACCAAGACCAAAGUGCUGCCUCCCCGCAAAGGCCGCGGCCUCAAGCUGGAGGCCAUCGUCCAGAAGAUCACCUCACCCAACCUGAAGAAGUUUGCCUGCAAACCGGCAGCCACGGCAGCAGUGGCGGCCACGGUGGCUGCCUACAGCACCUCCCUGAGCCCGGUGGGGGCGGAGAGGGAGCGGGCGGUGAAGCACAGCGGGGUGGCCCCAGUGGUGGGUGACGUGAGGCUGCCCAAGCCGGCGGCGACGCAGAAGGUGCCCGCCAUGCCGACGGCCGAGCAGCUCUGCCGAAACCCCAACGGCCGAGCACCGAAGGGCAAGCUGGGCGGUGGGAAGAAGCUCUCCAUCGAUGGCUGCCAGGGGGAGGCCUGUGCACUGGCCCCUGGGGCACAGCCCAGCUCCACUAUGGUGGCCAAGAACCUGGGGCUCCUGCCCAAGAAGAGGAACCGUAAGGGCAAAGCGGCGGCGCUGGGCAUGGCCAAGGCACCCCUGGGCCCUGCGCCGCCACCACCGCACCCCCGGGAGCGUGCGGCCGGCCCAGGCGGCGGGGAGGAGGCACCGCGGGAGGGCAAGAAACCAAAGACCGAGGAGAAGGAGGUGGGGGGCGGCGAUGGCCCCCCUGAGGGACGCUCCACUACCGGGACGGCGCGGGGGCCUAAGCCGCGGGCCAACCACUCCAACUACAACGGCUACUCCAAGCGGCAGCGGAAGCGUCUGGCCCACGGCAAGGCCAAGGCGGUGCCGGCGCGGUGCAAGAGCCGCGGCAAGCGGCGGCGGCAGGCCCAGCAGGCCCCGCUGCUGCACCCCGCCGAGCCCGAGAUCCGCCUCAAGUACAUCUCCUGCAAGCGGCUGCGGGCGGACAGCCGGGGACCCCCCUUCGUCCCCUACGUCCGCGUGGAGCGGCGCGGCGAGUUCACCACCGCCUGCACCGUCGUCAACUCACCCGGCGAGGAGGCCAGGCUGCAACGGGGACCGGCUGGGCCCGCGCCGCGACCGCGGGCAGCCCUGCCCGCCUCCUCCACCAUGCACAUGGGGCCGGUGGUGUCGAAGGCGCUGAGUGCCGCCUGCCUGGUCUGCUGCCUGUGCCGCAACCCCGCCAACUACAAGGACCUGGGGGACCUCUGCGGGCCCUACUACCCCGAGGACUGCCUGCCCAAGAAGAAGUCGCGGCUGAAGGAGAAGGCGCGGGCAGAGGGGCCGGGCGAGGACGCCAUCCCGCCCGCUGCGGCCGAGCGGGCGCCGCGAGGGGCAGAGGGCGGCUGUGGCGCCGGCAGCAAGGCGGCGCGGCCGGAGGUUGCCGCCGAGGCGGCCAAGCAGAGCUCGCUGCGUUCCAGCCCGCGGGGCAUGUUCCGUAGGCUGCAGAGCUGCUACUGCUGUGACGAGAGGACAGAGGGCGAGGAGGCGGCCGAAAAGCCCCGGCGGCAUGAAUGUCACAAGGCCGAGUCCCCGCCGCAGGAGCCGGCGGGCGACACGCAGGAGCACUGGCUGCACGAGGCCUGUGCCGUAUGGACCGCUGGGGUUUUCCUGGUGGCGGGGAAGCUCUACGGGCUGCAGGAGGCUGUCAAGGCGGCUGCCGACCUGAAGUGCUCGAGCUGCCAGCAAGCGGGAGCCACUGUGGGCUGCUGCCAGAAGGGGUGUCCCCACACCUACCACUACGCGUGUGCCGUCGACACAGGUUGCUUAUUAACCGAAGAGAGCUUCUCUCUGAAAUGUCCCAAACAUAAGAGGCAGCCGGUGUAGCCCCCCCCGCCCCGCCGCGGGCACCCAGCGAGCGACCGGCGGAGGAGGCAGCGCCCCGGGAGCGGAGCGGGGCCGGGCCGGGCCGUAGCCGCAGCCGCCCCCGCCGCAGGUGGGCGCAGCGCUGCCGCCCCGUCCCCGUGUGUCGUUCCCUCCCCCCAACCCCGAGCCCGAUCCGGGCGGGCAGAGCCAGCGCCGGGUUUUCCCCCCAACUCGCCGGACCCCGGCAAAACCCGACCUGGCUUUAAGGGAGACGGAACGGGAUCCCCCGGCCCGGCAUCGCUGCACAGGGGGGAAGGGGGUGGGAGGGGCGGGCGGGGGGGGGGGGGGACCGUGUACAAGGGGGGGGUCCCGGCGAUGUUGUCUUACUGUGGGGCCGCCGGACCCCCCUGCGGGUCCCGGCUCUCCAUAUCUCACACUGAUCUGAUCUGAGAUGUUGCCUUCAGCAAACCUCACGGUGUCUGUCUGUAUAUACGUGCGGCGGAGAAAAGGAAAAAAAAAAAAAAAACAAAAAGGACAAAAAAGACAAAAAAAAGCUUAAAAAAAAAAAAGGAGAAAAAAAAAAAAAGACAAACAACGGCCUGCUGUUUGAAACACCACUCUGCUUUUUUCCGUUUCGUCCUUCCAUCUCCUGUUUGUCCCCACCCGCACCCACCCUGUCUGCUCCGGGGUGCCAGCCCCUGCGCCGGGCACCCACCGGGGCGAAGGGCACUUGGCUGGGCUGCUGGGUGCCCACCGGGCUGCCCCAGCCCCAGCCCCGCUCCCUCCCUCCGGCCCAUUGCACCCACCACCUUCCCGUUCCAUGGGGCGCUGGCGCUGCUGGGCCGGGGACACCUGGUCCUGCUGUUUGGGACCCCCAAAACCUCCUCCCUCUGCUCGGCCUCGCCAGCACCCCCUCUGCGGCUUCUCUUGCUGGGGACGGGCUUUGCUCCUCGCACUUGUGCAACCCCCAUGGCUCUGGGUGCUGAACCCCAUGGCUCUGGGUGCAAACCCCAGGGUUUUAUCCUGGAGCAAGAGGGUGCCAGCAGCCCAGAAAUGGCUUCCAGCCAACAGUAGGGUCCUUGCCAGAGGAGGAGGAGGAGGCACUUGCUUCCUCCCUCUGCGUGGCCCUGGCUUACCCGUGGGUGCUGGGUUCGCUCAGCUCCCUCGGUUUUCGCUUCCCUUCCCAGCCCCCUGGCUGGAGCUGGGGGGCUGCCCAGCACUGGGAUCGCCCCUCACCCGUGUCCCAGCGGGGUGCCCUGCAUGACACCCCCAAUCUCCGCACCCUUGCACCACCCGCACCCCGGCGCAGGUAGCAAAUAACCAACCCAGGGUGAAUCAAAUCCCAUCCUAAAAACAGAGCCGCCAGCUGACCCCCCCCCACCCCGACCUGCGAAGCGUCCUGCAAAGGUAGGGCACAGUGCUGGCCCCAUCCGUGUCCCCCACCCCGACCCCGCAGAACCAGCGUCCUGUGUCCCUGCCGGCUGUCGUGUCCCCUCCGUCCCACCCAGCCCUCACCCUCAAGGUUUGCUGGCCACAAAAUGUCUGUCAUUUCAGCAGCUUGCCUCGGACACGGGAAUGAAAAACACAAAAAAGGAGGGGGGGGGGGAAAAAAAAAAGAAAAAAGGAAAAAAAAAAAAGAAGAGAGAAAGAAUAAUAAAAAUAAUUAAUUUAAUGAAAAAAAAAAAAGUGGUAAAAAUCCUGGUGUCCCUGGCAGUGUUGCCUGAAAUCUGGCUAUUUUUAGUGACAUCUUGUACAUAUGACUGUAAAAUGGUAAACCGUGUGUAUUAUAUAUUGCCUCAUUAUAUAGUGUAUAUAUAUGUAUACAUAUACAUAUAUAUAAUAUAUAUGAAGACUGUAAAUGUUAAGACUAGUGUUCUUAUUAGUAUAUUGCUUCACACUGAAGAUUGUGUGUAACAAGCUGUUUCUAAAAGAUGUUUAUUUUCCUUAAGAGUAAAAAACAGGUCAUUGCAUUCAGAGCGUCAAUAAAGAUACAACGAUUGUUUUGGAAGUACGUGGCGCCCUGUUCGUGGCCUCUCUUUCUCCGAGGGGAGGGACUGCUGGGGGUGUCCCCCCCAGGCCAUGCCAGCCCCUGGCUGGCCCUUCAUCCCCGGGUGUCAC